AUGCACGCCCUCACGGGCUUUUCUCUGGUCAGCCUGCUCAGCUUCGGCUACCUGUCCUGGGACUGGGCCAAGCCGAGCCUCGUGGCUGACGGGUUCGGGGAGGACCGAGUGGAACAACCGUCGGCCGCUCCGCCCCAGCCUCCCCACAUCAUCUUCAUCCUCACCGACGACCAGGGCUACCACGACGUGGGCUACCAUGGCUCGGAUAUUGAGACCCCUACGCUGGACCGGCUGGCAGCAGAGGGCGUCAAGUUGGAGAAUUACUAUAUCCAGCCCAUCUGCACGCCUUCUCGGAGCCAGCUCCUCACUGGAAGGUACCAGAUCCACACAGGGCUCCAGCACUCCAUCAUCCGUCCUCGGCAGCCCAACUGCCUGCCCCUGGACCAGGUGACCCUGCCCCAGAAACUGCAGGAGGCGGGUUACUCCACCCACAUGGUGGGCAAGUGGCAUCUGGGCUUUUACCGGAAAGAGUGCCUGCCCACCCGUCGGGGAUUUGACACCUUCCUGGGCUCCCUCACAGGCAAUGUGGAUUACUAUACCUACGACAACUGCGAUGGCCCGGGAGUGUGUGGCUUUGACCUGCACGAGGGUGAGAGUGUGGCCUGGGGGCUCAGCGGCCAGUACUCCACCGUGCUCUAUGCCCAGCGCGCCAGCCACAUCCUGGCCAGCCACAGCCCCCAGCGGCCCCUCUUCCUCUAUGUGGCCUUUCAGGCUGUGCACACACCCCUGCAGUCCCCUCGAGAGUAUCUAUACCGCUACCGCACCAUGAGCAACGUGUCCCGGAGGAAGUACGCAGCCAUGGUGACCUGCAUGGACGAGGCUGUGCGCAACAUCACCUGGGCCCUCAAGCGCUACGGCUUCUACAACAACAGUAUCAUCAUCUUCUCCAGUGACAAUGGUGGCCAGACUUUCUCAGGAGGCAGCAACUGGCCCCUCCGAGGACGCAAAGGCACUUACUGGGAGGGAGGUGUGCGGGGCCUGGGCUUCAUCCACAGCCCUUUGCUCAAGCGAAAGCGACGGACCAGCCAUGCACUGGUCCAUAUCACUGACUGGUACCCAACCCUCGUGGGCCUGGCAGGUGGCACCGUGUCAGCAGCUGAUGGGCUGGAUGGCUACGACGUGUGGCCGGCUAUCAGUGAAGGCCGGGCCUCGCCGCGCACGGAGAUCCUACACAACAUUGACCCGCUCUACAACCACGCUCGGCACGGCUCCCUGGAGGGUGGCUUUGGCAUCUGGAAUACCGCGGUGCAGGCUGCCAUCCGCGUGGGCGAGUGGAAGCUGCUGACCGGAGACCCUGGCUAUGGUGACUGGAUUCCGCCGCAGACCCUGGCUGCCUUCCCUGGCAGCUGGUGGAACCUGGAGCGGAUGGCCAGUGUCCGCCAGGCCGUGUGGCUCUUCAACAUCAGCGCUGAUCCUUAUGAGCGGGAAGACCUGGCUGGCCAGCGACCUGACGUGGUCCGAGCCCUGCUGGCCCGCUUGGCCGACUAUAACCGCACUGCCAUUCCUGUGCGCUACCCAGCCGAAAAUCCUCGGGCUCAUCCUGACUUUAAUGGAGGCGCUUGGGGGCCCUGGGCCAGUGAAGAGGAAGAAGAGAAAGAGGAGGAGGAGGAGGAGGAAAGCAGGGCUCGGAGCUUCUCCCGGGGUCGCCACAAGAAAAAGUGCAAGAUUUGCAAGCUCCAGUCUUUUUUCCGUAAACUCAACACGAGGCUGAUGUCCCACAGGAUCUGAUGGGUGGGGUGGCAGGAUCUUGGUCACCUAGAUAUAUUUCCCCACUGCAGCCUGGUCCUCUUUCCUCUCAGGCAGAAGCCUGAGGUCGAGGCUCCAUCUGCAGGGAAAUGGAGCGGGUAGAGCCCCUCAGGAGGACAGGGUGGAAACCUUGCUGCGGCCUGGGAGUAAACCAGACUGGGAUGCCUGGGUUCUAGUCCUGCCUCUUCACUGACCUGUGCUGAGACCUCAGAUGGCCCACGUGAACUUCCAGCCUCAGUUUCCUCAUCUGUAAAACAGGCUCGAAUGACUUCAUGACUGUGGAGUGCACUCGGUCCCUGGGGUCAUGGUGGGGUACUGGCCGACCUUGCUGCCUCACAGUUACACAAGGCCUUUCCCAUCAUCCUGGUCUCUAUUGCUGCCUGGGUGAGGGAGACCACAUGGAGGCAGCUCCCAGCUGGACCCUAACUGGAACACGGUGAGCUGAGCUGGCUGCUCUUUUUAAGAGCUGAGGGUGAGGAGGGCCAUGUUGGGAGGCCUUCAUAUGGCCUAGGCCAAUCCUGGCCCGAUGUACUGGGGCCAUAGUGGAAAGUUCUUUCUGCCCCCAGCACCCAGAGACAUUGGCUGGGCUCUCAGCUGCUGCAGAAUCAAGGGCAGUAGAAACAGCCCCUGUAAAAAGAGCCCCUGAACCACUCAUCUCCUUUGACCUGAAGCACAGUUCUUCCUCUCCAGGUCUCACUGUCCUGUCUCUCCCUACCUCACAGGCUGCAGAAGACUGGCCAACCUAACAGUGGUGAAGGAGCCUAUGAACUUGAUUAA